AUAGUAUAGUAUGUGCGGUAGCUACGCCACGUGUCCUACCGAAAGCUUUUGGUGAUGGCUUUGAAGAAGUGUGUGAGUGUCAGUCAUGCCUAUAGGCUAUAGUUCAGUUGAGAGAGAGAAAGCAUGAAAAUUUGUAGUGGGUUUUGGUUUUGGUUUUGGAGUUGGGUUUAUAAUCUUCAAUCUUGUUUGGGAGAGAGAGAGAGAGAGAGAGAUGUACAUAGCUUCCAUGGGAAGGUCUUUCAAGGACUCCUUGAAACUGCUUGAAGCUGAUAUUCACCAUGCCAAUACCCUGGGUUGAGUGGUCCCCCGAGUGAUUUGGCUGGCUAGCAAAUAGUGCAUGAUGAUUUUACCAAUUCGUUUCUUCCUGAUCUCUGAUAUACAGGCGUCAGAUUUUCCAAGGGAAUAUGAUGGGACCUGCCUUCAGAUGAGAAUGUCAUACAGUCCAGCAGCACACCUGUUUCUCUUUUUUGUGCAAUGGACAGACUGCAAUCUUGCUGGAGCCCUUGGACUGUUAAGAAUCCUAAUAUACAAAGUGUAUGUGGAUGGGACAACUACCAUGUCUACCCUUGAAAGAAAAGCAAGUAUUAGGGAAUUCUAUGCAAUCAUAUAUCCCUCUUUAGUGCAACUGCAAGAAAGUGUGGCAGAUACAGAGGAUAAAAAACAGAAGGCUGUAUGCAUGGAGAGGUAUCGCAAAAGAGAUGAUGAGGAGCACAGACAGCCUUCAGACAUAGACAUUGAAAGAGAAGAAGAAUGUGGAAUAUGCAUGGAGAUGAAUAGUAAGAUUGUGUUGCCUGACUGCAACCAUGUCAUGUGCCUGACAUGUUACCAUGAAUGGAGGACAAGAUCACAGUCAUGCCCAUUUUGCCGUAACAGUCUUAAGAGAGUAAACUCAGGUGAUCUCUGGGUGUUCACUGAUAAUAGGGAUGUAGUAGACAUGGCAACAGCGACAAGGGAGAAUCUUAGAAGGCUUUUCAUGUACAUAGAUAAGUUGCCUUUGGUCAUUCCAGACUUUCUCUUUGACACAUAUGACUCUCACCUAAGAUGAGUGUUUGCAACAGCCAGAUUUUACUGUCUCUGGUGUGUGGUCUUGGAGGGUUAGUUCCUUUCAAUUUAGCAAUGUAAACUCAAAAAUGUAAUUUGAUAAAUUUAGUUUAUAUAAAGUUGCAGUGUUGCUUCCUACGUCUUUCAGAAGUAUCCAGCCCUGUGUUUACUGUGGGUUGGUGGUGAAGUUGAGAUGGUAAAUUGUAUGUAGGUCAUUUGUAUAUCCUGUACAGAUUGAAUUACUUGUUACGAAGAGGUUUGCUUAUUCUGUGCCUCUAAUUAUUGUUAAAAAUGUGAAUCUCUUGAGUUUAGAAAUACC